GGAAGGUUCACGAGCAGCGCUCGCGUUGCAACAGGUAUGCCCAAGAGCUACGGCGCCAUGCUGGGUCAAUCCUUCCUCUCCAUAUGCCCCAAGAAGGUCGGCCGAGUCGUUGAUGGCGCAUAGCGAUGCGCAGGAAUACGUCGACACUCGACGAUGGGGCAGCAAUCUCUUCGAUAUUGAUGCCGUUGAGGCGUCAUUCUACCAUUUCUACCAUGAGGGUGGUCCCGAGAAAUGCCGCCUCUCCUUACGAGUAUUCGCCCGCCCUCAUCCGGGACCGUGUGUACGCGAUAUGCUCAGGUAAUCACCGAUCCUGGUCUACCAUGCACAAAGGCCGGCACUGCUCACCGAAGCAGCAUUGGACAUCUUCACCUUCAACCUGCUCUACCUCCCCAUCUACUUUGGCGGGAAUCCUGGUGGCUGCGGACAUCCGGGACCAGAAAUCACUGGCGAACUACGCUGCAUCCUUCUUCCCGAGCGUGUCAUGCGACUGCUACCCAGUACCUGGCCAACUCGGGUCCAACUCGGCUUUCUCUGUCAUCGCAUGCAGCGAUGAUGAUUCUCUCUCGUAUGACCCCGAGGACUAAAUACAGACGACACCUCGGUAACAUGUCGUCCGACUCGCCGCGGUUCGCUCCCGUGGGGAUCAUACAACCUCCGGUGGUGCACCGAGUGAAAAUCCGCCCGAGGUGGCGUUGCACUGUCCCCUUCGUCGCGAACACAUCGAGCCCCCUCCUCAUCGUGUCGCAGAGGCACGACACUAUAUGCCCUCAGGCCCAGACGUGUGACGUGCCAGCCCGCUUCCCCCGUUCCGCUUUACUCGUCCAGGACUCGUAAGGUCACUGCAUGCCGUCCGCGCCUUCCAUAUGCACUGCGAAGCAUAUCAGGGCAUACUACCAGAACGGCACGCUGCCCGAGGACGGGGCGGUAUGCGGGGUGGAUGAACUGCC